AUGCUGGUUCAAAUGACCAGACGAAGGUUCUACCAAACCCUGAUUGUGUUCUUCCUGGCAUCUCAGCUUCUUCAAUAUGGAGACUGCACCAGUACGCAGGAUGACUUGGACCCAACAUCCGGCAGUCCAGCUGGUCAGAGCGAGAAUCAGCCUAAGGUCAACACAGCCUCAGAACAACAGCCUUCAGUUCUGAAGCGAGAGAACGGGAAGUCGACUCACUUACAGAUCUUGGACAGCCUUUUGAAGGAGUAUGACCGUCGGGCCACUCCAUCGAACCAUCUAAACAACGCGACAACUGUGGCGUGCGAGGUUUACAUCCGGAGUUUCGGAUCCAUCGACCCGAGUUCCAUGGACUACCAAGUGGACUUGUACCUGCGGCAGACGUGGUACGAUGCGCGACUGAAACACGAAGAUCUCGUCCAGCCGCUGGACUUGAACGACCCGAACUUGGUGAAGGCGAUCUGGAAGCCUGAGGUGUAUUUCCCCAACGCUAAAGAUGCUGAUUUUCAGUUCGUGACCGUGCCGAACGUGCUUGUUAGGAUCAACCCGCACGGCGAGAUCCUCUACAUGCUCAGGUUGAAGCUCACUUUUGCCUGCAUGAUGGAGCUCUCCAAGUUUCCUUUGGACACUCAAGUCUGCACCAUAGAAAUCGCAAGCUUUUCAAAGACGAUGCAGGAGCUGGUGCUGCAGUGGAAGCUCACCAAGGAGCCCAUUAAGAUGCACAAAGACCUUCGCAUGCCUCAGUUUCAAAUGCAAGACAUCGUAGCCACCACCUGUCAAGAAGCCUCACAAAUCGGAAACUACAGUUGUCUGGUGGCUGAAUUUCACCUGCAACGAUCGGUGGGAUUCCAUCUGGUGCAAUCGUACCUGCCUACGAUCCUAAUCGUGGCCAUCUCCUGGGUCAGCUUCUGGAUGGACGUGGACUCUGUACCUGGCCGUACAACUCUGGGAGUGACCACCCUGCUUACCGUGUCCACCAAGUCUUCAGAAAAAUUAAUGAUGAAAGCGACAUCCGAGUACAUUAUUGAUAUUUUUUUCUUUAUUACAGCCUUUGUCUUCUCUGCACUACUGGAGUUCACAUUAGUGAAUUAUUUGUGGCGCAAAAAUGCAAGUCAAAUGUUACCCCAUCGUCCAUAUUGGCGGCACCCGAACACCUCAGCGCCUCAGUGCGGGCGUCACCGGUGCUGCCACCAACCAAAAUCUCCGUCAAGACAACACCGCAAACUGCACUUGGCAGAGAACAAAUCCCUUAGUAAUUGCAAUAGACCUACUGUGGACCUACAGGAUAGGAAGGAACAGCAAAACGACUUUGCAAACUCACCGAAGAAAAAAUGUUUAUCUGCCGCCGACAUCGAUGAAGGAAAGAGGGUCGGACUAAGUGACGAGACUCCGAUUGAUGCGGUCAAGUCCCGUGGAGUUAUUCUGGUAGGCAUGAGAUAUAUGUGA